AUGUAUCUAACUUGCUACCUGCCAGCUUAUCUUCGCCUUGAAGUGCCUGACGAAGCCCCAUUCGAGCUGAGACCCUCGCUAGGCAAAGGAUGGGGUGUUUUCGCGACAAGACGCAUUGACCGAGGAGCUCUAAUUUUGAGCGAAAAGCCAACCUUUAUAAUCCGGAGGUCACACACCGAUAUCACAGAUUACCAUAUUGCUAUGGCGUUUCAGCAAUUGUCGCCAAGCCAAAAAGCACAGUUUUUACUCCUUCGCGACAACGGACCAAGCUGUCUUACAAGUAUGAAUAAAGCUUUUGCGGAAAACUCGUUCAACGUCACUUCAGACCUCGACGAGCCCGAAGCUCAUGGCCUGUUUCCCCUUCACUCGCGCUUCAACCAUUCUUGUAUACCUAACUGCAAAGUUCCAACUGUGAGUAGAGAGGUCAUUUCAAGCUUUGCGACUAGGGACAUUGAGGUUGGCGAGGAAAUCAACCUCUGUUAUUAUUCAGAUUUCGAAUGCAGGACUAGAUAUGAGCGUCAUCAAGCCCUGGGUUUCACUUGCGAUUGCAGGGCAUGUCUACCUGGCACGACUUUCCAACAACUUAGCGAACUGCGACGGCGAUUGAUUCGAGGUCUCCAAUACCUAGCACGCGGUGUGGACUUGUAUGGGCAGAGACAGAGUCAUUCUAUUAUCGUCGACUCUACAAUGAAGUUUGUCGCAGAAACUUUCAGCAUCACUCUUUCCGCUAGAUUGAUUUAUGCUCUUUUGUCAAUUUUCUUUCUCGAAGAAGAGGGCUUGCUAGAUGAUUUUAUGGACGCAAAGUUAAGACCGAGCUUAACCAAAACGGUGCAACUAUUCAAGUCAGAGACCAACCGAGGCGUUGUUGGGCUGGCUAUGGAGCAGAACACCUGGGUACAGAAAUUGCAAGUGGCAUUCAGACUAUAUGGCCAAGAAGAUGCUGCCGAUUAUGAAGUGAGCCUGGCGCUACGAAAGUUGCGCCCAUUUGCUUAA